CUCUGUUUGGGAGACACCAGUUGUCUGGUCGGUGUUCAGCAUGGAAAACUGCUUCAGUGGGAGUCAGCAACCUGCAGCUCUUGCUGUUUAAUUAGUGAUGGUUUGUGGACGGGUUAAAGCGAAAAUGAGUAUUUUUCUCUUUCUGUUGUGUGUCCUGUGGGUCUCGUCGGUUCGCAGCUUAUUUGAUGGAACGUGUCCCAGAAAAGACCUUCCUCCUGGUGUGGUAGUUUUAUCUCUGGGAGAUAGGCUGGAUCUAACCUGCAGCGGCCAUGUGAAGGUGAAUGGAGUAAAGGUCAAAAAUGACUCAAACUCCAAUAAAAGAAGAAUUUUGGUUGGAGUCCCAUCCACUCCAAAAGUUGCAAGCAACAGUGCAUUCUCAACUAAAAGUGUUCAGAAUACAGUAAGUGAAGAAUACCGCUCCACUUCUACUGACAUAGGAGUCAGCACCAUGUCAGAAGAAAACAAAAACCUCAGCAUUACAGACACAGAAUACACAACUUCCCCUUAUAUGAUCCAGUCAACCACCACAAGCAGAACACCAGAGAGGGUGGAUGAAGAGAAGGACACCGAAGAUGAUUAUGACCAUGAGGAGGGGUUGGAAGGAAACAGGGUAACAAGAGACAUCAAGUCAAGACCUCAGUGGAAGUGGAACAAGGAGCUGGUGGGGACAGGAAACAGAGACUGGGGUAAAAUCACAUUUACAAGCGGUGGAGCUGCCCUCUCUCUGGCCUCAGUGAGACUGACAGACACUGGGAAAUACACAUGUCAUCAGAGUGGCAGAGAAACAUUUGCUGUUAAAGUCAUUGUUGCUGAUCCUCCUGAGACUCCCAGGCUGUCCUGCUACAAAAAGUCACCAAGCAGUAAAAUUCGUUGUGAAUGGACGCCUCAGAAGCCCAUGAUUAAGCAGCCUCACUGCUACCUCUUACUGAGUACAAAUCUUCCUCUUCUCAGCAUCCCAAAGUUCCAUCAUAUUCCAUGCUCAUACUCAUCUAACCUCUCCCGCUGUUGGUGUGCCCUGGACAACAAUGAUGAUGAGAUGAGAACCAUUCAUGCAGCCUUCUUGUGUGUUACAAGCAUAAUAGGCAAUGCAACCAGCCCCCUGAUAUAUUUUACACCUCUAAGCAUUUUAAAGCCCGACGCCCCAUCAAACGUGUCAGUCCAAUUGGAGCAAGAGCAAAAGUUGAGGGUCACCUGGAACUUACCAAAGUCAUGGAAGCCGCAAGACAGUUUCUAUAGCAUCACUUAUGAGCUCAAAUACAGACCUUCAAAAUCCUCAAACGAGCAGGUACAUGUGAUUAAAGGCUGGCGCUCAUACACAAUAACUGAUGCGCUGCCUGGUGUUGACUAUCUGAUUCAGCUGAGGAGCAAAGAAGAAUAUGAUGGUCAGUGGAGCGACUGGAGCUCACCUGUCUAUGCCAGAAUUUAUGUUGCAGAGUAUGAUGUUCUGACAACCACAACGAUUGAUUUCAACCUGGAAGAAAUAGGUUCUGGUUUUUCUCCAACUAACUAUCCUGAUGAUCCCACAACUAAUCCAGUCUCUUUAAACUCUUCCUACGAGCCACCUUAUAUCCUGUGGAUUGUUGUUGUCGUUGUUGUUGCCAUUUCGUCAGUCAUUUGGGCUGUCUACAUUUUCAGACACAAGAGCAAAUUUAUGUCUAAACUCCAGAGUCUUAGUGUCAUCACCCCACAUCGGGACUUGUCUCCACCUCCACCCCGAGCUUUAGAACCUCCAGAAGGGGAGGCUCUGAUUACUUUUGUCCCUCAGCUUUACAAAGAUAACCUGCCAAAUGAGACACAAGAGGGGGAUGAAAAUGAGGAGGGACAAACUGCAACAGACAGGAUAGAAGCCAUGCACUUUAAUAACAACAGUUAUUUCUUCCUGGAGAGGGAGUUGUAAAAGCACAAAGCACGAGAAAAUGUGAGUGAUUUGUGUUUUUGGAUUGUUUUGCACAUUAGAGCCAAUAUUACAAGUAUAAGAAAAAGCCUAUGAGAAGGAAUCAAACUCAGGAAAAGCUUGUAUAAACUGAACAUACUGUAUAUUUUUCAUUCUAACUUUGUCAUGCUUUUUAUUAUUAUUUUUUUAUUAUCAUUUUAAGUCACUCUUGUGUACAUUGUUGUGCUUCCUUUCGAGUAAUUUUUCUCUUCACUGUCUUAUAUCUGUGCUAAGCUGAAAUGUCCUUUCAGCUGAAAACUAAAUGUAAGCUCGUAGGUGGGCUUAAUCACACUUCAUGCUCUUUAUAUUACCAACAUUUACCAAAUAUACUAUUCACAGUGUUUCCAUGUGCAUAAGAUUUAAAUAGAUUUGUCUGGUUUUAUGCUCCUUUAUAAGUUUAUGUGUGGAUUAGUUUGUUUAUGUUUUUACCAUCAAAGUACAAGUGUCAUGUUUUGACUUUUUGAGGCUCUAUCCUAAAAAGGGUCUCUGUAUUAAAAAUGAGUUUUGAGAACA